ACGCCGACGUCGGCCUCCGCAAUCUGGACCUUCUAUUGGGCCUCGAAAAACCGCGUCAAUUACACCGUUGUUGAGGUCCUCAACGGCGAUUGCCGACUCGACCAAGCCCUAGUACGCGACAAGCGCUGGUCUAAUUUCGAAUUGCUCUGUAUAUCAAAGCCCAGAUCCAAACUCCCAAUUGGGUUCGGUGGGAAAGCCCUAGUUUGGGUUGUUGAAGCUCUAAAAGAUCGCCAAGAAGGUUGCCCCGAUUUCAUACUAAUAGAUUGUCCGGCUGGUAUUGACGCAGGGUUCAUUACGGCAAUCACGCCAGCGAAUGAGGCGGUUUUGGUCACCACACCGGACAUUACCAGCUUAAGGGAUGCUGAUAGGGUUAUUGGGUUGUUGGAAUGCGAUGGAAUUAGGGAUAUUAAGAUGAUUGUGAACAGGUCUCGGACGGAUAUGAUUAAAGGGGAAGAUAUGAUGUCUGUUCUUGAUGUUCAGGAGAUGUUGGGGCUGGCAUUGUUGGGGGUGAUUCCGGAGGAUUCAGAGGUGAUUCGGAGUACAAAUAGGGGUUACCCACUUGUGUUGAAUAGACCACCAACGUUGGCUGGGUUGGCUUUUGAGCAGGCCGCUUGGAGGUUGGUUGAGCAGGAUAGUAUGACGGCUGUGUUGGUGGAGGAGGAGCCGAAAAACGUGGAUUUUUCUCCUUUUUCGGGGGCUAGAAACUGA